GCAGCAGCCCCGGAACAGAUGAGGCAGGCAGGGUUCGGACGUUUGGUCAGGACAGCCCACCGCAAAAAGAGGAGGAAAGAAAUGAAAGACAGAGACAGCUUUGGCUAUGGGAGAAGGAGGAGGCCGGGGGAAGGAGGAGACAGGAGGAGGAGGGACCACGGGGUGGAGGGGAGAUAGACCCAGCCCAGAGCUCUGAGUGGUUUCCUGUUGCCUGUCUCUAAACCCCGCCACAUUCCCGCAGUCCUUCAGACUGCCCGGAGAGCGCGCCCUGCCUGCCGCCUGCCUGCCUGCCACUGAGGGUUCCCAGCACCAUGAGGGCCUGGAUCUUCUUUCUCCUUUGCCUGGCCGGGAGGGCCUUGGCAGCCCCUCAGCAAGAAGCCCUGCCUGAUGAGACAGAGGUGGUGGAAGAAACUGUGGCAGAGGUGACUGAGGUAUCUGUGGGAGCUAAUCCUGUCCAGGUGGAAGUAGGAGAAUUUGAUGAUGGUGCAGAGGAAACUGAAGAGGAGGUGGUGGCGGAAAAUCCCUGCCAGAACCACCACUGCAAACACGGCAAGGUGUGCGAGCUGGAUGAGAACAACACCCCCAUGUGCGUGUGCCAGGACCCCACCAGCUGCCCAGCCCCCAUUGGCGAGUUUGAGAAGGUGUGCAGCAAUGACAACAAGACCUUCGACUCUUCCUGCCACUUCUUUGCCACAAAGUGCACCCUGGAGGGCACCAAGAAGGGCCACAAGCUCCACCUGGACUACAUCGGGCCUUGCAAAUACAUCCCCCCUUGCCUGGACUCUGAGCUGACCGAAUUCCCCCUGCGCAUGCGGGACUGGCUCAAGAACGUCCUGGUCACCCUGUAUGAGAGGGAUGAGGACAACAACCUUCUGACUGAGAAGCAGAAGCUGCGGGUGAAGAAGAUCCAUGAGAAUGAGAAGCGCCUGGAGGCAGGAGACCACCCCGUGGAGCUGCUGGCCCGGGACUUCGAGAAGAACUACAACAUGUACAUCUUUCCUGUACACUGGCAGUUUGGCCAGCUGGACCAGCAUCCCAUUGAUGGGUACCUCUCCCACACCGAGCUGGCUCCACUGCGUGCUCCCCUCAUCCCCAUGGAGCAUUGCACCACCCGCUUUUUCGAGACCUGUGACCUGGACAAUGACAAGUACAUCGCCCUGGAUGAGUGGGCCGGCUGCUUCGGCAUCAAGCAGAAGGAUAUCGACAAGGAUCUUGUGAUCUAAAUCCACUCCUUCCGCAGUACCGGAUUCUCUCUUUAACCCUCCCCUUCGUGUUUCCCCCAAUGUUUAAAAUGUUUGGAUGGUUUAUUGUUCUGCCUGGGGACAAGGUGCUAACAUAGAUUUAAGUGAAUACAUUAACGGUGCUAAAAAUGAAAAUUCUAACCCAAGACAUGACAUUCUUAGCUGUAACUUAACUAUUAAGGCCUUUUCCACACGCAUUAAUAGUCCCAUUUUUCUCUUGCCAUUUGUAGCUUUGCCCAUUGUCUUAGUGGCACAUGGGUGGACACGGAUCUGCUGGGCUCUGCCUUAAACACACAUUGCAGCUUCAACUUUUCUCUUUAGUGUUCUGUUUGAAACUAACACUCACCGAGUCAGACUUUGUGUUCAUUUCACUUCAGGGUCUUGGCUGCCUGUGGGCUUCCCCAGGUGGCCUGGAGGUGGGCAAAGGGAAGUAACAGACACACGAUGUUGUCAAGGAUGGUUUUGGGACUAGAGGCUCAGUGGUGGGAGAGAUCCCUGCAGAACCCACCAACCAGAACGUGGUUUGCCUGAGGCUGUAACUGAGAGAAAGAUUCUGGGGCUGUGUUAUGAAAAUAUAGACAUUCUCACAUAAGCCCAGUUCAUCACCAUUUCCUCCUUUACCUUUCAGUGCAGUUUCUUUUCACAUUAGGCUGUUGGUUCAAACUUUUGGGAGCACGGACUGUCAGUUCUCUGGGAAGUGGUCAGCGCAUCCUGCAGGGCUUCUCCUCCUCUGUCUUUUGGAGAACCAGGGCUCUUCUCAGGGGCUCUAGGGACUGCCAGGCUGUUUCAGCCAGGAAGGCCAAAAUCAAGAGUGAGAUGUAGAAAGUUGUAAAAUAGAAAAAGUGGAGUUGGUGAAUCAGUUGUUCUUUCCUCACAUUUGGAUGACUGUCAUAAGGUUUUUAGCAUGUUCCUCCUUUUCUUCACCCUCCCUUUUUUUCUUCUAUUAAUCAAGAGAAUCUUCAAAGUUAAUGGGAUGGUCGGAUCUCACAGGCUGAGAACUCGUUCACCUCCAAGCAUUUCAUGAAAAAGCUGCUUCUUAUUAAUCAUACAAACUCUCACUAUGAUGUGAAGAGUUUCACAAAUCUUUCAAAAUAAAAAGUAAUGACUUAGAAACUGC